AUGGAAGUGCGCGGCCGUGGAGUGGUGGGGCAGGGUUCGGCGGCGGCGGCCCGGCACCGGCACCCGCCGCCGCACCGGGCGGCGGCGGCGAGGGUGCAGGCCGGGGACGCGCUGCCGCUGCCGUUACGGCACACCAACCUCAUCUUCUCGGCGCUGUUCGCGGUGUCGCUGGCGUACCUCAUGCGCCGGUGGCGCGAGAAGAUCCGCUCCUCCACGCCGCUCCACGUCGUCGGGCUCGCCGAGAUGCUCGCCAUAUUCGGCCUCAUCGCCUCGCUCAUCUACCUGCUCAGCUUCUUCGGCAUCGCCUUCGUCCAGUCCAUCGUCUCGUCCAGCGACGACGACGAGGACUUCCUGGUCGGGUCGUCCGGAGCUCCCGCCGCCGCGGCGCCGCCCUCUUCCCGGCAGCAGGCGCAGGCGCCGGCCCCGUGCGCGCUGCUCGGGAGCACCGCCGCCGCUGCGGCGCUCGAGAAAAUGCCGGAGGAGGACGAGGAGAUCGUCGCCUCGGUCAUCGCCGGGAAGAUCCCGUCCUACGUGCUCGAGACCAGGCUCGGCGACUGCCGCCGCGCCGCCGGCAUCCGGCGCGAGGCCGUGCAGCGGAUCACGGGGAGGGAUAUCGACGGCCUCCCGCUCGACGGCUUCGACUACGCCUCCAUCCUCGGCCAGUGCUGCGAGCUACCGGUCGGGUACGUGCAGCUGCCCGUGGGCAUCGCGGGCCCGCUCCUGCUCGACGGCCAGAGGUUCUACGUGCCCAUGGCCACCACGGAGGGCUGCCUCGUCGCCAGUACCAACCGAGGCUGCAAGGCCAUCGCCGAGUCGGGCGGCGCCACCAGCGUUGUGCUGCGGGACGGGAUGACGCGCGCCCCCGUCGCCCGCUUCCCCACCGCGCGCCGCGCAGCCGAGCUCAAGGCAUUCCUCGAGGACCCUGCUAAUUUUGACACGCUCUCCAUGGUCUUCAACAGGUCGAGCAGGUUCGCGAGGCUGCAGGGUGUGCACUGCGCCAUGGCAGGGAGGAACCUGUACAUGAGAUUCAUCUGCAGCACAGGGGACGCCAUGGGGAUGAACAUGGUGUCAAAGGGCGUGCAGAAUGUGCUGGAUUUCCUUCAGGACGACUUCCCUGACAUGGAUGUCAUUAGCAUAUCAGGUAACUUCUGUUCUGACAAGAAGCCAGCUUCUGUGAAUUGGAUUGAAGGGCGUGGAAAGUCUGUGGUUUGCGAGGCUGUAAUCAAGGAGGAAGUGGUGAAAAAGGUUCUAAAAACAAAUGUGCAGUCACUAGUCGAGCUGAACACAAUCAAGAAUCUUGCUGGCUCGGCUAUCGCUGGAGCUCUUGGGGGUUUCAAUGCUCAUGCGAGCAAUAUUGUAACGGCCAUCUUCAUCGCCACUGGCCAGGAUCCUGCACAGAACGUCGAAAGCUCCCACUGCAUCACAAUGCUGGAACCUAUAAAUGACGGAAAAGAUCUUCACAUAUCUGUCACGAUGCCUUCUAUUGAGGUGGGCACAGUUGGCGGCGGGACUCAGCUGGCUUCCCAGUCCGCCUGCCUAGACCUCCUGGGCGUGAAAGGCGCAAACCGGGACUCCCCCGGAUCGAACGCGAGGCUCCUGGCCACCGUGGUGGCCGGCGGGGUCCUUGCCGGGGAGCUCUCCCUCCUGUCUGCGCUGGCCGCCGGGCAGCUCGUGAAGAGCCACAUGAAAUACAACAGGUCGAGCAAGGACAUGUCCAAGGCCCUACCUUGA